GGGAGACCUCUAUUAGGGGCACACGACAUCCGUACUCACGGAUGCAGGGUACUAUGUACCAUUUGAAUCCUGCAGAGGUGCGACGGAGGAGAGCGACCUUCCGUUUGGAUAAAGAAACGCUUGAAAGGCGUAUUGACCCUGCAGUGGUAGAUACAAGCGUAUCUGCAGAGGUUUAUACUGAUAUCAUUGCUCUGUAUCCGGGAGAAUGCCUAACUCUGCAUCGAGGAUUCCACUUUAGGGUGCUACGCGGCGCUGUGGAGUUAAACGGUCACGUUUACUCGCCCCGGAAGACAUCUUAUACCAAAGUUCUUAUUCCACCAUGGGUUCCUCCGGAGCGAAUGGUCGCUCUUUGUUCAGGGGAUCAUGGCAGCCCAAAAUGGAAACAUCGCGAAUGUGCCCAAUGUCUUCGUAUUGUUACUGAAAACUUUAUCGGUGGUGGAUGUUGUUCCACUAGGUCUCGAGUCAAUGAAGAUGGGACACUUAUGGAGAAACAUUUCGGUUUCCCAAACCCAAUAGGAGGCUAUAUUACAGACCAAACCGGUUUAUAUCGUGAAGCUGUGGAUUAUUACGACAACGAACGCAAGGCGUCAAGGAAGACCACGCUGAUCUCUUUUAUCAAACACACUAGUGCAUUCGGGUCUAUCGCAACAAGCUCUAUAUUCACUUAUAAAGGACUAAUGAAAAUAAUCGUGCCUCAGUUAAUAUAUGCCGCAAGGUCGCUGUUGCAAGUUUGUACCAAGGGAGACAGACCACCGGUGCUAAUGUUACAUGGUGACAAAAGUGCUGGGAAGUCUACUGCAAUUGCUUUUAUUGUUAAUUACCUUUUGAAUUUCGUUAAAACGGUAGCACUUUUGGAUACCGAUGUUGGUCAGCCCAUAUUUGGAGCGCCCGGGACUAUAAGCUUGAAAUUCAUCGAUCAGCCUAUAAACGGGCAGCCACAUGCAUUAGUUGGUGGCAGCCGGCCAGAUGUAUCCUAUCUCUUGGGUGAUGUGAAAGUAACAAAACCCAGUAUGUUGCUCCGGCACGUUUACCACUGCUUCGAGAUAUAUUCGGGCGCCGUGGGUGACGAUAGGACUGUGCCUUUAUUGGUAAACACAUUUGGAUGGAUAUCUGGCAUGGGUGCCAAGGUCCUUGAGGCUAUUGCAGCAAUAACUAAAACCACUAUCAUGCUGAGGCUGCAUUCCAAACACUUGAAUGACAGCGUUGCGCAGCAUAUAUACAAUCAUGCUGAUUUGGAAAAUGUUAUAAAAUCCAACCUAGAGGUCACUGUUGACGCGCCAGGGCAUGCUACAGAUGUCUCGCCGGAGGCGCUGGUCUACAAAUCAAUAGUGGAGGAAUGCGGAGCAUCACUUCCGUGGUAUAAGGACGAAUCGAUGAUAAUAGACGCCCUAUCGCACUCACAGGCCUCGAAACUUGCUACUAAAUCGGCGUUAUCGCUACAGGAACACUCUAGAGAGGAGCCAUGCUGUAACAUGUCCACUUGGAACCGAUUCAAGAAGGUACAUCAGAACGAAUCAGAAAUACCAACCCCGAAUGAUUUGCGUUGGUUAAGAGCCUGUGCCUUAUUAAAUAGCGCCUAUGGUGACGCUAUGCACUUUCCACAGCUACAAAUGGAUGAAUUCUUUGGCGGCAUCAGAACAGUUACAUUCAGGAGAUAUAUACAUUUUCCCAAGCUAUUUAAAUUACCAAGGCAAUAUAUAAUGGAUGUUGAAAACAGCUCCUUUGUACUCCAAAUCAACUUACCCACGGGUGACAUCGAUGAGGUUUGCCCAUUUAUUGCCGGAAGUAUGGUAGCAUUAUGUCGUGGAAAGUGUGACCAUAUGCUGACAAACUAUAUUUCCGGGGAUUGGGAAUUCAUCUGCUAUGUAUAUGUACACUACUUCAACGCAGAAAAUAUGACGAUGCUAAUAUCACAUUCUCAGGAGAAUUCGCCAUCAGAGUUUUCUGAUGCCAACAUUAUAGUUAUAUGCCAAGCUGUGGGCCUAGACAUCACACCAACUAAAGCGUGCCCUCAGUCCAAGUUCGGGUGUACUGAGAACAGUUGUAAUAAAGAUGAUACCUGCUGGAGGCAACGGGACGUAUCCACUUCCCAGUUUGUCCCCUUCCGGAGGAACAGUCUGCUGCACAUGAUAAACACUCCUGGUGCUGGUACGGCCUCUGGGAAUUCGAGAAAGAAUAUCAAACGCUAUAGACCAGAUCCCCAAACUUGACUUACAUAGACCGUGUGUCGCGUCAUCU